UUGUUUACAACAUGGCGGUAAAGGAAACGAAUUUCAACUUUUGAUUAACAAAUGGAGCUCUUUUACAAAUUAUACCAUCGAUUUUGAUGAAUGAAAAUUAUUUUAGUACCUAAUUAUCAUUUACAUUAGAGAUGUCACAGCUUUGGCAGCAUCCAUAUGUUAACGUGUUUAAGCAUCUAGACGUAGCAUCAUGGAAAAAAGCUACAAAAGAGGGAGAAGUCAAUGCUAUUAUGGACAAAGCCAUCAAAUGCACUGUCCACAAAAUAACUGGCUCCAUCCCUGCUGGAAAUUACAUACAAUUGCCAAAGUUGCAAUCCCAGUCCCUGGGUCUAACAGGGAAAUACAUAUACAUUCUUUUCAAACCCAUUCCUACAAAGUACUUUGUGGUGCACAUUGAUGUUGCUACACAAGACAACCUAGUUGUGAGAAUAUCAUUCUCAAACUUAUUUAAAGAAUUCAAAUCCACAUCCACUUGGCUGCAGUUUCCUUUUCUUUGCAAUACACCAAAAGGUUCUGUUCAUUCACUAGCAGCUGUUGGAAGUAAAGAUCAUGGCGGUGUUGCUCCCUUGGCUACAAGAUGGACAGUUUUGUGCAUGGACUUCAACCAUGUCUUGUCAUUAUAUUUGAACAGAAGGUUUUCCUACUUGAAAAGUGUCCGACUUUGUGCCAACAUGAUGGUCAAAAAUAUAUUUACCAGUGAUAAUUUAUAUGAGCCAGGACUAACAUUAGAGAAAGCAAAGAAGGCUGGUUUACUAGGUAAAGGAUUGAAUCCUAUGCCUAGAGAAAUGUCAUUCCCAGCUCAAAGGGGAGAGAACUGGAAUGAUUUGUAUGACUUUAUCAGGUUUCCAAAUGACAGCACAAAGAAACCCUUUGACUCAAUACAGUUUCCAGAUGACCCAGAAAUCAGACAAGAUGUACCCAAUGGUGCAGACCCUAAAAGAGUGGCUCCUCGAACUGUUAACAUCAGCCAGUGUGUUACUGACCGAGUGUCUAUGAUAGACAAAAUCACACACCCAAAGCAGAAGGUGAAGCGGCAUAAAGUGACGACAGAGCUGCCCUUUGUGGGAGUGGAUGAUAUGAGCAUUGUAAAGGACUCUGCGGGGGAAGUCCAUGUGUUUGCUCACCCCGAGGAAGAGGUGGUCAUUCACCAGGAGAAUCCCAAGACUGGGGAGCUGAGGCAAGUAGCAAAGAUGCCCACUGGCUCAUACUUGCAACCCAAGAAUCCUGAAUGUAAGAGCCUAGAACCAGACCCAAUUCUCAGACUGAAAAGAAUUGUAGGAUUUGGUGGAUGUUCUUUUAGAGAUGCCCUUUGGUCCCCAGACGGCUCUACUGUAGUGUACCCAUGCCAUGCUGUGGUGAUAGCAAUGAAAGUGAAUAAUGGGCAUCAACGAUUCUUCAUAGGCCACACAGAUAAAGUGUCCUGUGUUGGUUUGAAUGGUGCUGGGACUCUCCUUGCGUCUGGACAGACUGGCCCCCUCAGUGUGGUCAGAGUCUGGAAGUUUGACACCGGGGAAUGUAUGGCCAUGACAAAGACACAUGCUCAUUCUCUGCAUUCCCUCAGUUUUUCUCAUAGAGGAAGUACUCUGUGUGGAGUGGGAAAGGACAGCCAUGGGAAAAAUAUGGUUGUGAUAUGGAACACUUCAAAAGUAAUGAAGAACAGAGAAGUCAGUGUCAUGGCAAAAGCACACUCUGAUGUUGACAUUUCAAGGAUAAAGAUAGCAUCAUUUGAUGAUACAAGAAUGGUGUCCUGUGGGCGUGACAAUGUGAGGUUGUGGAGGGUCAAAGAAGGUCAGUUGAGGUCAGCUCCUGUCAAUUUAGGAGAGUAUCAUCUGAUGGAGUUUACAGACGUCUGUUUUGAAGCUGGAUAUCAUGCAGACAAAGAUCCAGCAGAAAGGAUUGUUUAUGCAUGUAGUAAGACAGGGCAUGUGUUUGAAAUAGACCUUCAGAAAGUCACAAUAAAACAUGUCCGCAGACUUCUACCCAAUGAAAAUAAGGCAGGGAAAGACAAACAGAAAGGCACAGGCCUUGCAAUAAACUGCAUGAGUGUGAAUGAGACCUUCUGUGUCAUGGGGUCAGAUGAUGGGUAUUUGAGACUGUGGCCACUGGAUUUUGAGCAUGUGUAUCUUGAAGCUGAACAUGAGGGGCCUGUUACAGCAGUAGACUUCUCUGCAGAUGGAAUGAAAAUACUGGCAGGAACAUCAACAGGUAAUCUUGGAAUACUUGACAUCUCUACCCGUGGAUACACCACUGUUAUGAGAUCCCACACAGGGAGAAUUUCUGGUGUAGCAGUGGACCCCUACAGGAAACACAUGGCGACAGUGUCCAGUGAUUUCACCAUUAGAGUUUGGGACUCAGAAACUCUGCAACAGCUGUAUGAUUUCAGUGCACCCGAUGAAUGCCCCUGUGCUAUAUCUUACCACCCGUCAAGACAGAUAUUUGCCUGUGGGUUUGAGAGUGGAGUUGUACGUGUAUUCAAUGUCCAGACAACCAGCAUGCUGGCUGAACACAAACAGCACCGCGGUAAGAUAAUUGGCUUGGCGUUCUCCCCGGUGGGGGACUACCUGUACAGUGCGUGCUCCCUGGGCUCCCUGUCACUGUAUGAUGCUGAGUCAGACCGCUACACCUUACUGAGACUUCUGGCUAACACUGUGGUCAGGACAGACCGACUGGGACCAGAGGCCAUUGCUGUUAGUCCUGAUGGCAGGAGGGUGGCUUUCAUUGGACCCUCUGAGUUUACAGUCUGUGUGGUGGAUGCCAAAUCUUUAAGUGAGGUUCUGCGAAUAGAUAUUUCCAGUAGCAGUGCCUGUGAUUCCAAGUCUGGUAACUUGGACUCAGCUGAGCGAGUCUACUUUGCACCUCAAAGUCUGGGUCACCUCCUGGUGACAACCACCAACAACAAACUCCUGAAGUUUGAUGCCAAAUCUGGAAGACUUCUCUCAGAGAUUGGAAACAUUCAUCGCAGUGGCUGUAGUUGUCUGGCAGUCUCAGAGUCAGGGCGCCACCUGGUCACUUGUGGGGACAAAGUGAUCAAAGUCUGGGACUACAACAUGAAAUUGGACAUCAACUUUCAGGUUUUUAUUGGACAUUCUGAAAAUGUUAGUAAGGUGAUCUGGACUCCUGAUGGGAAGAAUGUCUUAAGUGUAGGGGAAGCUAUUUAUCUGUGGGAUUUCAUGGCAUUUAGGCCUCCUUCACCUCCCAAUGAAGGAAGACAAGUAAGGGAGACAAGUUUUCCAGCCUACCCCAAACCAGAGAGAGUUGGAGACAGCCUGCAAGAUCUAAGCCGGAGUCUGGCUGAUGCGUACCUGGAGAUGCCUCGUCGAACACCACCUAGACCCAUGCGCCCAAUGAAUGCUGGAUCACCGGGUCGCUCCAUUGAUUCCAGGAGGUCAUCCCCGGGUCGCGUUGCAGACUUGAGUUCAAUACACAAGGUCUAUGAAGAUACCAUAAGCAGUUCUGUGCUUGUGGAUAGGACAGCUGAGAGAAACAUUAUGACAGAUCAAACCAGUGAAUGUGAUUCUGUUGAAGUACAUGUAUUACCUAAAAACUUGCCACAGAACUUAUCAGAUUCUUACCAAAAGUUAAGAUCAGCUGAAAAUAGUCGACAAAACACUCCAGUUAAAAGCAGAACUAAAAAAGCUUUUGGGAAGAGACCCAGCACAGCAUCUCCAACAGGGGAACCAGUUAAACCAUUGUGUGCUAAACACUUCAUUGCCAGAGAGAAGGAAUAUGGACUGGCUCAAAGGCGAUAUACAGCCCCACCUAAUCAGGCUGGAGUGAAGUUGAAGUCUGUCAUUGGUUAUAAUGGCAAUGGCCGAGGGAACAUGGUCUGGCAUCCAGACUCAGCUCUCUUUAUCUACACUUGUGGUGCUGUGAUUAUUAUGGAGGACCUUGGCUCAGGAAAACAAAAUUUCUUAAUGGGUCACACAGAAGAAAUAUCAACAAUAGCAAUUCAGAAUGAUAGUCAGGCUUUGGCCUCAGCCAGUGGGUCGUUUGGAAUCUCCCCGAGUCAGAUCUGUAUCUGGGACUUACAACAACAAGUGUGUAAGAAGGUCCUCAGUCACCAUGAACAUAACAUUGUAUGCCUUGAUUUCUCCAGGGAUGAUCGAUUCCUGAUCUCUGUUGGUGACUACCAGGAUUGCACCAUUGUUGUAUGGAGCACACGGAAUUAUGAAAUCCUGACCACAUCCAAGGCAACCUCUGCCAUUCAUGACUUGAAAUGGGAUCCGUUUUCUGUCAAUGAAUUUGUGUCUGUAGGGCAGGAUGGAUCUGUGCUCUUCUGGCUGUUAGAUGAAACUAAAAAUAAUGCUUGUCUGAAUGUUCAUGAGGCUGAAGUACCAGAGGAACUGUUACAAAAACAUGGAAGCUCUGAUGUUGUGGAGUUUACCUCCUUGGACUUCUCAGGAGACAGUACUCUAUACAUUGCCACAAACAAUGGGAAAGUUUCUGCCUGGGACACGAGGCACAACACAUGCUUCAUGCACUGGGAGGCAGACAACUCAGAGAUUGAUACUGUUAUCUGUAGAAAUGGCCGCCUGUUGACAGGUAGUGUGGGUAAGAACCUGCGGAUGUGGUCACUGACUGGGGUCAGAGAUAUGAGGUCCGGAGACAGUCCCAGCAUGCCUUGUGGUGGUCUUACAAUGGAGGAUGAGAUGAACCUAGAAGGUUCUGUAGUUGCAGCAGCUUUUGAUGAGGCUUUGGAUAUGGGGAUUGUUGGAACAAGCUCUGGAACUUUAUGGUACAUUAACUGGCCAGAGCGAGAGAGUAUUCGUCUAAUUUCUAGUCAUGUACAAAAGAUAAACAGCCUGUCUAGCUUUGGCAGUGAACACAUGGCCACCUGUUCUGAUGAUGGAACACUUAGACUAUGGACUGUUGCCAGCAGAGAACAGGCCUUGCAAUUCCAGGUCUUAGAUCAGAAAUGCACUUGUCUGGCUUUUGCUCCCGGUGAGCUUCCGGCUGCUGAUGAUAUGAAGGAGAAGAGCAUGGUGAACUUGCCAUUUGUUGUGGCAGGGUAUGGGGAUGGGACUGUCAGGAUGUUUGAUAUCAACAAGGAGGAAAUGGUUCUCAAGAUGCAUCCUCACGCAGUAUCAGUCACUGCCAUAAGUUUUUCCUCAGAUGGAAGAAUGAUAAUAUCUGGGGGAAGUGAUGGGCUAAUUGCUGUUAGUAGCCCUACCACAGGAAUGACAGUACGAGUCAUCAGUGACCACAAGGGGGCCCCCAUUACUAAUAUAGAUGUCACCACUAGGCAGGAAAUAGAUUCUCCAGUAUCCGCACCCUAUCUGUGGUUGGCUACCAGUGCUGAUAGGCGUGUCAGUGUUUGGUCAGCUGAUUGGACGAAAGAUUUCUGCGAGCUUGUUGAUUGGUUAACCUUCCCUGCCCCUGCUUUCCUGCCUGAUGGUUCAGUGGUGUCAAAUAAAGACAAGAAAUCUUGUGAGAAGCUGCCUCCAUCUUUGGCCAAAUUCUCAACAGAAGAAGAUGAUGUAUUAGUGUAUGUUGGUUAUGGAAUGCAGAAAUGUAUCCAGUUUUACAGUUUGUCACAAAGAAAGGUUAUAAGAACAGCUCCUCUGACUCACUGGUCUAACUGCCUGGAUGUAUCAGAAGGAACCCCAUUGAUAGCAGUCGGAGUCAAUGAACGCUUGGUUAAGUUGGUAGAUUACUAUGAAGGCAGCUUCCAGGAUUUCAUUGGUCACUGUGAUACGAUUGAUGUUCUCCGAUUUUCCCAGGAUUCCAAACUCUUGUUUUCAGUGUCUCAUUCCGAAAUAUUUGUUUGGGAGGUCACUGUGUAGGGCAUGCUCAUAAACUGUAAACAAUACCUGUAGAUUGUAGAAAUGGACUAGAAUGCAUGUACCAGUAACCUAUUGUUCACAAUGCGUCAAAGACAUUUCAUUGACAGAAACUCAUUAAUUUUAUGUGACAAUUGAUAUUGCUGGAAUUAAAGCCAUGCCAGAUUAACUCAAUAUGUAGAGGAAUGAAAUUAAUGUUUGUGAUAUGUUUUUCAGACAGUACGUUAAUGUACACUUAUUUAUUUUUAAACAAGUAUAUGUUGUUGCUUAUCAGUAGUUAUACAUGUACUAUGCAUAGAGUACCAUGAAUAAAACAUUAUUAUAACAUAUAUAUGAGCCUCCCUUUGAUUUAUAUCAGUUUGUCACUUAACAGCAACCCUUCCAUGUUUUUUGUUUAUUCUAUCAGAAAUAUUUAGAUAUACAUUUCAAAAAUUCAGACCUUUAAAAUAAGAUUUUAAACAGUCUAUUCAAAACUGAUUUCUUCAAAAUCUUGUAAAAUAUUUACCUAAAAUUUUGUUUAUUAAAUGUAAAAUUCAUAUACCAGUUGAAUAUCGAGGACCUGGUAUAUAUAAUGCUCCAAUGAUGAUGUACAGUCACAACAGAAAUUAAUUACCGGUAUUUCACAUUUCAUCUGUAAAUAAUAUGGUUUAUAACUUUUAUUAGAUGUGUGGCAAUCUGCUGGUCAUCAAAAGUUUAAAUCAUUGACAUUUUAUUGAUCAACAGACAUGUGUAUCUGAUUACAGUACAAAUAGCCAUGGAUGGUUGCCUUCAGGCAUCAUUUCAGACCAUUACCAAUCCCAAAUUUUAUUGUCCAAUUUUUAGCCAUUUGCCAUCAGAUAAAGUUUCAAUAUAAAAUCUAAAUUUGGAAAUUUUGUUUUAUUUCACUCUAGCAUCAGGAGUAAGAGUAAAGUUCAUUUUGAGAGCUGUGUAAUUUUUGUUUACAAUAAGCCCAUUUUUACAAUGUAUGCUGUUGCAUUUACAUGGCUACUUGGGGUAUCAGCAGCGUUAGGCCAGACAGCUGAAAAUCCUUGUACAUACUUAAGGGGGAUAACUGGUCUUAGUUUUUACGAGUCGCGACAUUCCAAUGGGCAGUGGAUUGAUAUGAACUGUGCCCAGGGAUCCGCAUACAAUGAUCAAACCUGUUCAUGUUCCGAUUUCAUUUCUGGAUGUAAGCUGUAUGCCACUUCAAAUGUAAAUCAAUUUGCCUACAUUGUUAAUGGCAUUGUUUAUUACAAGACCUGUUCCUUUGAUACGGUGUACAAAUCUGAAUUCUGUGGCUGCUACUGAAAUAUUCAUGGAAAAAUGGUUAAGAUUUCAUAGAUUUUAAAUCAUAGAAUAAAAUUCUUUAUACAAGUGUCAAUUUGAUCCUUUUAAAAAUGUCUGUAGUACAUGUAUGAUUGUGUAUCUAAAUUAAAGGAUCAUUUAACUACAAAA